UUAGACAUUAUUAAUUUAAAUAACGGAGGUUUUCUAAGUACACAACGCUAACUCGAACUAAAUAGUUAAAAUAAAACUAAAUGCGACGCUCAGACAAUUGUUGUAACGUGUUUUUGUGUAGUUUUUGGAGAGUCUGGUAAAUCAGGCGCUUGAGCGGCGACGGGGGGAAGGGACGGACGGACGGGCCACUCGGAGCUCUCGUGCUCCAGCAACUCUGCGCGCUCACUUUAAUCUUACUUUUCACCUCUGUAUCGAUGCUGUUUUGAAAGAAAACCCAGCUCUUCCGUUACCGCAUGUGUUACGUGGCAUCAGAAGACCCAAAAGUGUCGGCCCGGGAUUGAAUUUUGCUGCAGAAAGCGAUUAAAAUGUAUCCCAUUGGAGCAGCUGGUGCUACUGAGCUGUUUCAGGGACGUCCGUCUUCAGGGUCAGAUGUUUCUGCUCCCGCGUCUCCUCCAGCACCACAAGAAUAUGUCUUCAAACCACCUCAGCGGCCAGACUUUGGCACAAUGGGUAGGACAAUCAAGCUUCAGGCCAACUUCUUUGAAAUGGAAAUUCCCAAGUUGGAGGUUUAUCAUUAUGAAAUAGACAUCAAGCCUGAGAAAUGCCCACGGAGAGUUAACCGUGAAAUAGUUGAGCACAUGGUCCAGCACUUUAAAACGCAGAUCUUUGGAGAUCGAAAGCCUGUGUAUGAUGGGAGGAAGAAUCUCUACACUGCCAUGCCUUUACCCAUUGGAAGAGACAAAGUGGAGCUGGAGGUCACGAUUCCUGGGGAGGGAAAAGACAGGAGCUUUAAAGUCGCUAUAAAGUGGAUGUCCUGUGUCAGUCUGCAAGCUUUGCAUGAAGCACUCUCUGGACGGCUACCAAACAUCCCUUUCGAGACCAUUCAGGCUCUGGAUGUUGUCAUGAGACAUUUGCCCUCUAUGAGGUACACCCCAGUCGGACGUUCAUUCUUCACUCCAUCGGAGGGCUGCUCUAACCCUCUUGGUGGAGGAAGAGAAGUUUGGUUUGGUUUUCAUCAGUCUGUUCGGCCAUCACUCUGGAAGAUGAUGCUCAACAUUGAUGUGUCUGCCACUGCGUUCUACAAAGCUCAACCCGUCAUUGAAUUCAUGUGUGAGGUUUUGGAUUUUAAAAGCAUCGAAGAGCAGCAAAAGCCCUUAACAGAUUCCCAAAGAGUGAAGUUUACCAAGGAGAUCAAGGGUUUGAAGGUUGAAAUUACUCACUGUGGACAAAUGAAGAGGAAGUACAGAGUGUGUAAUGUGACGAGAAGACCAGCCAGCCAUCAAACGUUUCCUUUGCAGCAAGAGAAUGGUCAGACCAUUGAAUGCACUGUCGCCCAGUACUUCAAGGAUAAGUACAAACUGGUGCUUCGAUACCCACAUCUCCCAUGUUUACAAGUUGGUCAGGAGCAGAAACACACCUACCUUCCGUUGGAGGUCUGCAACAUUGUAGCCGGGCAGCGAUGCAUCAAGAAACUGACAGACAAUCAGACCUCCACUAUGAUACGUGCCACAGCCAGGUCUGCGCCCGACCGUCAGGACGAGAUCAGCAAACUGAUGAGAAGUGCCAACUUCAAUACAGAUCCUUAUGUGCGUGAGUUUGGAGUCAUGGUAAGAGACGAUAUGACUGAAGUCAAUGGUCGGGUUCUUCAAGCACCGUCGAUUCUCUAUGGUGGAAGGGUAAGAAUCUCCUCUGCUCAACUCAGCAUUUGGUUGAAUCCCUGUCUAAUUUGGUCAUGUCUUUGGCUGUUUCAGAACAAAGCAAUAGCAACCCCAGUCCAGGGCGUGUGGGACAUGAGGAACAAGCAGUUCCACACAGGGAUUGAAAUCAAAGUUUGGGCCAUUGCCUGCUUUGCCCCACAGAGGCAGUGCACAGAACUCCUGCUGAAGGCCUUCACUGACCAGCUUCGUAAGAUCUCACGUGAUGCUGGGAUGCCCAUUCAGGGCCAGCCGUGCUUUUGCAAAUAUGCCCAGGGAGCAGACAGUGUGGAGCCCAUGUUCAAACACCUCAAGUACACUUAUCAAGGGUUACAGUUGGUGGUGGUCAUCUUACCCGGCAAGACUCCUGUUUAUGCUGAGGUGAAGCGUGUUGGAGACACUGUUCUCGGCAUGGCCACGCAGUGUGUCCAGGUGAAGAAUGUGCAGAAGACCACACCUCAAACCCUUUCUAACCUCUGCCUCAAGAUUAACGUCAAACUGGGUGGAGUCAACAACAUUCUUCUUCCACAGGGCAGGCCCUUGGUGUUCCAGCAACCAGUUAUCUUUUUGGGUGCAGAUGUGACUCAUCCACCAGCUGGAGAUGGCAAGAAACCCUCAAUUGCUGCUGUCGUUGGCAGUAUGGAUGCCCACCCAAGCAGAUACUGUGCCACAGUGCGGGUGCAGCAGCACCGGCAGGACAUCAUUCAGGAUCUGGCAACCAUGGUCAGAGAGUUACUCAUCCAGUUCUACAAAUCCACACGCUUCAAACCAACACGCAUCAUCUACUACAGAGACGGCAUCUCUGAAGGCCAGUUUAACCAGGUUCUACAGCAUGAGCUGCUGGCUAUUCGUGAGGCCUGCAUCAAGCUGGAGAAAGAUUAUCAGCCGGGUAUCACCUUCGUUGUAGUACAGAAGAGACACCACACCAGACUCUUCUGCAUGGACAGGAACGAACGGGUUGGAAAGAGUGGAAACAUCCCUGCUGGCACCACUGUCGACACCAAAAUUACUCAUCCAUUCGAGUUUGACUUUUAUCUUUGCAGUCAUGCUGGAAUUCAGGGAACCAGUAGGCCGUCCCACUAUCAUGUGCUGUGGGACGACAACCAUUUCACCUCUGACGAGCUGCAGGUCCUCACCUACCAGCUGUGCCACACCUAUGUUCGCUGCACCCGCUCGGUCUCCAUUCCUGCACCAGCCUAUUACGCCCACUUGGUGGCGUUUCGCGCCCGCUACCACUUGGUUGACAAAGAACAUGACAGUGCUGAAGGCAGUCACACAUCAGGUCAGAGUAACGGCAGAGAUCAACAAGCCCUGGCCAAAGCUGUGCAGAUCCACCAGGACACACUGCGCACCAUGUACUUCGCCUGAACAAAGCCAGAACCAAGCCCCACAAUCCUGAAAACAGCACGGUGUGUGUGUAUAUGUGUGUGUGUGUGUGCGUGUGUGUAAUUUUAAGUGUUAUACAAACGAGACCCUUCAAAUGGAGACAAAAUGAGGACCGCCAUGCUGUUCGACUUUUAACUGCCCCUUAAUUCGGUUUCCAAACAUAUUUAAUAUCCAAGCUGAUAUGUGAAUUUUUAUUCAUUUAUCUUUUAAUUUUGUUCCUCGUUUGGUUCAGUGGGCAUGGUUGUGUAUCUCUUGUGCAUGUCAGAUUAGAGGUUAACGCGUUUACAUAGUCAAUCCCAAAAAAUUCUGACUUUUUUUACACUGAAAGUUACAUUUGCAUCCAAGCGGGCUUGAUUUAGUACUAUUGCCAAGGCAGGUGAUGGAGACUGUUGAACAUUAGUUUUUACAAACUCAUCAAACCAAUGGAUUCGGGUCAGUUUAGGACUUCACGGAUCAGGUUUAGGGCUUGUGGCGAUGCAGUUUCCACAGCUAAAUUAUUUAUCAGCGAACGCAAGUGCACUGACCAGAAGGGGACUUCAGGACAAAAGUACUUAUCCUGUUUUAUUUCAUCUAUUUGUGCUAAUAUGAUUUAUUUUCUUCUUCUAGUGGUGUGAUUUCUUGUUCAGUCCAGGGCUCAGUCGACCUACUGUGUACCUGUCCGCCAAUGAUCAUGUGUCAGUACAGAAUCAUGAACGCAUUUGGAUGUAGGAAUUGUUUUGACAAUCAGUUUUCUGCCGCUCAUAUGAGACUGGUUCUCAUUCGUUUUUCCUGUGCCGGGUUCUCAGUGCGGAAACGACUCUGUACUGUGGAUAGAUGUCCUGAAAAGUACUAUUAUCUUGCAUUAAGAUGAGAUUAUCUUUCAAUUGUACUGCCAUUUUCGCUGGUUUAUCCGCCGUGAUUGUAACAACCUCAAGUUUCGGUCGUUUGUGACAUCAAAAUUUAAUCACAUUUCACUUUAAGCACCUAUUCGUUGUUCAUAAUGUUCCCCAAAUUGAAACUUGAGGUGACUUUUGUCAGUAAUAUUAGGGAAAGUGGAGCCCUGUGAUUUUUGCUUGGUUCUUUGUGCUGUUUUCAGUGGUGAAGUUUGACUGUGUUUUGCUGACAGGGUCGUCGUCGCACUCCAGCAGGCAAUCAAAACUUUUAAAGAACGAUACCAAUAUCAGAAUUUUUCACACAACGAAGUCAGAAUGAAAAUUUCAAAUGCACCUUAGAUUGUUUGUUUUUUUCCCUAACUCGCGUGUUCCCAUGAUGAGAAUUUUUCGUAUCUCUUUCCAACACUCAAGAUAGUUUCUAAAUAUUUAAUCUUUCUUUCAUAGACCUUUCAUAGAGUCAUGAGGCGAGCGCUGAGGCGUUUAUAAUGAAUCGAAAACAUUUAUUUAGUGUAAAUCAGUCCAAAUGGAGCUUGAAUUGAAGCGCAAUACGUUGUUUGUUUUUGUGUGUGUGUGUGUGUGUCGGUGAACUGAUUUCUUGUAAACAGCCUUCUCAAGCAUAUCAUGAUGUGUAGUGGUCGAUCUAUCGAGUCUCGUUAGCGAAUUAACCGUAAGAUCACUUCCCCAAAUAAUGCUUCAAUUCUGAACUUGAAAUUCUUGGGAAUAUUUUUAACCAUCUUUUUUUCUAACUAUGCAUUCUUAACCAAGAGAUUCUAGUGGUAUGUUUGUGUAUAUGAAUUAUGAAUUUAGAACGUUUGUAAUGUAGUCCUUUUCAUGCCGGGUACUUUUAGUAGUGUAAAUAGUUCCAGCCCUGUACCCGCUGUAGCAGUAUUAGCUUACAAAAUACUCUAUUUUUAUUAACAAUUGGAUGUUCUUUAUAUGGCUCUCAAUUAUUCCUGUUAGCCAAACAAGAUUACUAUGUACUUGUAGUCGGUGUCCUACCAUAACUGAAGCACAAUAGGACAUUAUAAUUGUAGGUGCUAGAGUUUAUUCUUGAGACUACCAUUUGUUUUUUUUAUCGUCACCUUUUAAACGAGAAGCAUGGAGUGCUUGUUUGUUUUGUUUAUUUUAUUAUUUUUAUCUAUGACAUUUAACCCAACCCAACAGACUGUGUAUAAGGGGCAUUUUAAUUUAUCUUCCAAUACUUGACUAGAGUUCUGUUAUUAUUUGGCGCUGAUCUUGUAACUCGUGAAAUUUAGAUGCACUUUUUUUUUUUUUUUUUUUUUUUUUUUUUGAGAGCAAUGGAUACAUCCCUAGUUUACCUUCGGUGGCUAAAUGGAUUUUGAGUAUGCUAACUGUGUGCAGUUGUGUGGAAAUGACUAGAUGUCCUACCUCUUGUUACCUGUUACUUGCAUUAUGGUAACAUUACCGCACUGGUCAUUUCCUCAUAAUUGCAUUAAGUGGAAGUUGAUGAUCUUGCUCUAAAGUGGCGUCUUUGUUAAUUCAUGUUUUGUUUCAGAGGCCAUACCUGCUGCCAUUUAGCCUAGACGCUUAUUGUUUUAUUGGUAGUUUUAAGCUAUGUAUUCAAAGCUACGAUUGAGUGCUGCGAGUUUCAAAUGUCGUACGUUUGAUGUUUUGAAGUCAGACGUGAAUCCAAAAAGAAUAUUAAAUGCUUGGGUGUGCACCAUCAGAUGUUCCUAAAAUGUGUAGUGUGGAUUCAAGUUGAUUGCUUUCUGCCCUUUAUAAUUCGCAGCGCGUUGUUGCUUUAUCCAUGUACUCGUUUAAAUGUGUCACGUAGUUUUCCUGUAUCUUUUUUUUUUUAAGGUUUGAAUAAUAUUAUUUAUCUUUUAGCAUCAGAAACAUGAGAUGAAAUCAUCGCUCAAACUACUUUUUACAUCGAUUUUUCUCUUGAACAAUCAGAUUUUUAUUUCUUCGAAACCAUUAUAUUUCAUUCUCAUGAACUGCUCUGUUUAGUUGUUUUCAGAAGUUACUGAGUUUUUAGUAUUUGAACCUGUUUGAAAUCAGCACCUUAGUCAAAAGGUCUACAACAUAUGCAAUUUCUCAAGUAUGAAAUAUGAGAUGUUUUUGCACUAUAUCAGAAGAGGUGUUAAUAAUUUGUGGAAGGUUAGAGAGGAGAAGAACCAUCAAGUUUAGACUAGUCUUGGCCUCGUUUCUUUGUUCAUGUACAAUCAUAUUGGCACUAACCUAUUCAAAGUUGACACAUUAGAAGGUCUUGAGUUCUUACGCUAUGCAAAAACUCAUUUCCAUUUAGAGCCGUCGCUCUUUUUAUACAUGGUGUUCUUGCAGAACAAGUUGCGUUUACCAAAUUGAGUUUGGGAAUUUGAGUAAACUCAAAUCCCAUUUUAUAUGUUUUCCAAACCUGUUUUCUGUUUAAUGAGGACAUGAGUCUGAUGCAAAUUUUUUAUCGAAAUAAUUCCGUUAAAUGCAAAUGGCCAAGGACAGAGGGAGAAGAAUGAAGUAAGGUGCUGGUUUUGUAGAGACCGUCACGAUAAUCUAUGCUGCAGCAUCUCUGUUUCAGAUCUUAACAGGCACAUAUAGUGUUAACUGAAAAUUGAAUUGGUGCCUCUGAAAGCUUUGAAUUGUUUAUCCGUCAAUGUUACGCCAUUAACAUUUUAUGGAUCGCUCUUUCAUCAUCAUUUCUAGAUUGCUGCUUGAGUGAAGCUUGUAUAUUGCUUUGGCGAGGUUCUGUGUGGGGUUACAGUGUCCACAUGCUUCUUUGUUUUACACUUUAUUGUUUGAAUAAAACUAGUUGAUUGCCCCAAUAAAUAUUAUUUAAAAACCAUAAACGCCAGUCUCAUCAAAGGUUAGAGCCCCUAAUCUUAAAAGAUAUAUUUGCUAAUGUAUUGGCAUUAGAACUUUGCACUAGUGUUCUGAAGCAGAAAUGUACGCCUCUCUUCACAUACCGUGAUCGUUUUGUAAUUCCUAAGGUGGCAAGUUUCAAAGAUGCCAGCCUUAUGACCUGCUACAACCAUACGGAUACAAGCGAACAGUUUGAAUGUACUUCAUACGCCUGCAUACUGGUUAAGAACCUCCAUUAUUUUAAUCCGUUUGCUUGUUUUGUUUUAUGCAUGCACAUUGAAAGCAGCUUUGAGUCGUUGAACUUUUUAUCCAUGCAUACUUUGAACUGUAUCUCAAAACUCAUCGUUGCUUUAAAUUAAUAGUGGCAACAUUUGGACGGAUGGUUCAGAAUACACACUGGCACAAAGAUCUGAUGUUUGUGGUGCUGUACUGUAAAAAGUGUACAUAAGGCAGCGUUUUCUGUGUGUUUUUUUGCCUAUUACUGCUCUUGUUUGACAGAUUAGAAGUUUCAUCUAAAGGGUUUUUGAGCUAUACAACAAUACCCAUGUACCCAACAAGCCAAAUUCACACUCGUAUGAAGCCCUUUUGCUUUACCAGCUCUGUGGUGGUCCUGUAAUCAUGGCAGUGGUACUUGUGCACAAACUAAACCACAGAUCAGUUGCCAUUUAGCUAGUUGUCUGAUUGGGGAAUGAUGGUUUCCGAACAUGUCCCCUUUACUAUUUUUAAAAUGAAUCUAAAUGACCAAAAUUUUUGCAAGGGAUUAAUUUUUUUUUCCAAAACGAGCACAGUUCCAUUAAUUCAUUAUAAAUCAUGCUAAAAUGGUAUUUAUUCGAAUAUAAGCAUCACAGUUGGGUCUUGUGACUGAUUCAUCUGAAUAACUGAGAGCUUCAUCAUGACCUGGCUUUUUAAACCAACUUGGAGAAGAAAAAAGAAAAAAAAAACUACCUCAAUAGUGUCGGGUGCUAAUGUUAAAAUAUCCCUUAUAUGUAUAUGUGCUCAUGACAAAGAACAAUAAUCGUGACCAAACAACACAAGCCUAUACUGUGUAUUACGUGUUUAGUUUUUAUUAUUUGUGUAUGAUGGAUCAACAUGAGGGAUGUAACAAAACUGCGGUGGACCAAAAUAAAUCGUUUCCCUUUUUAAAAUGUAGUUUUCAAUAUGCAUCAGUUUUAUUCGAAUUAAAUGGAGCUGUUCUCAGAUCCUCUGGAGAACAAAUGGUCAAGAAUGAGCGUUCAGGCCAAGAUUGUUGCCAAAACACGGUUUCGUUUUGUCAGACGUCGUGUUGAGUUGGUUGAUCUAGAAUUGUGCCAUAUUAUGGAGAACAUACAGGACAGUAAACGUCCAAUGACCACUGCUCUGUGUCUAAAGCGUGUUCCUAUUAAGCGGCUUGUCAACCUGUGUCAGCUUUUGGAGUGCUAGCGUUAUACUUGAUUCUUCUACUUGAUUUGUAUCCAGUAUUGCAAUAAAAACUUCGCACUCAUCCGAUCCGGAACUGUUCGAUGAAAGCUCCACGGCGUUUUUUUUGUUUUUGUUUUUAAGCUAUCUGUAUUUAAACUGUCAUGUGACGUCGCUACAUUUUAUGAAGGGAAUUUUUAAUUUGACUUCUCUCAAACUCUGAUUAAGGACGCGUUGGGGCGUCCUGAUACACUGGCAUUUGAGUUUCUCGAGGGAGAGCAUAAUAAGGUACAAAAGGUUGUGUGGAAAUCAGUUACGAUUCUCGUUUCUCAUUGGUGAGCUCAAUAACGUCCAGCGUGUUUUUAUGUCGUGUUUGUGUGCCUUUGGAAAUCUCUCCCGACCCUGAUCAAGGGACUGUCCUUUAUUCAUUUGAUGCUCGGCGCCACAUCAUUUAUCAUGCAACCUUGAGUGAAUGCUGCAUAGAAUGAUCAGUAUUUGUAUUUUGCACUUUCUAAGCAGUUUUAAAGGACGCCCUGUUGUAAUUGGGGCGCACAGACUAUUUAAGACGAGGUAUUUUCUGCUACAAUAGGAAUUUUAAGGAACCAUAUGACUCGUUGGUUGAAAAAAAAUAAAGUGUAUAGAUGUGAAGUACCUCAUAAGCCUGAUAAAUGCUGCAUAAACUCUUCAUUUAUUGUUCUUUUGUGAAUCUAUUUUCCCCUAUUGGAAGGUUUGAUGUGCACAACAGCGCAAAGCACCUUCAUUUAUGACAUUGAGGCGCUCUAAAACCAGUUAUGCAAGUCAAAUGCGAGGUUUUCGGUCAUAUUCACUGACAUUAUAAGACAUUAGCAAGCCUCUAGCUUCAGCUUUGCAUCACAGCUAUUGGAUACGUAGUGACGUUUGCAGUCAAAAGUUACAGUUGACUCAGGUAUCGCCAUUAAGGGCUGUAUCUGCUUUUGCCUCCCAUUUUCCCUCACCUGUGUCUUAACGUAGCCUUAGAACUGCAUUCAUGGAUGGAUAGAUCAUAGUGAAGAAUAUCUGGCCUUAAAAAUAUGCACUAUCAACCACAACAUGCAAGUCACUACAGAUCAGAUCUUUCGUUUUCUGCCAUAAAACUACCUCCGAGAAUGUAGGAGUGUCCUGGAACUGACACAUCAAGGUUUAUUUUCAUUUUUAAGGUUAUAAUCUGUAAUCGACAAUCAUCUUUUAGUUUAUUAAAUUCGCAGUAUGAGUUACAGUUCAUUCUGGGACGCUCUAGUUUUGUUUCUUUAUGAAAAGCGUGUCCAUGUUAGUCAUGGAAGAGCCAAGCGACCAACGUUUCUAGCUGAAGGUUUUCUUGCACUGCUUUGUGACGUCAAACCUUCCUCUUUUUUUUUUUUUACAUCAGCAAAUUAUCUUUCAUUUAACCUCGUGUUUUGCUCCUUUAUAACAUGCCAAAUUAAAUUUGCUGUCAUUCCUGUCAUGGUAAAGUCUUUAAUUUCUGAUUCAUGUGUUUGCAUUCACUGCUAAGCUCUAUGUUGUUGUUUCUUGGUAAUGUAAAGUGAGUUUAUUUCUUUUUUUUUUUUUUUUUUUUAACAAGUAAGAUUACAACCAAGAUAUGCUGUAAACCCUGCUAAGACAUAAUGUGAAAACGUAUCAUUUAAUAUAGCUCACUUUUGCUUGACUGUGUAUUGCAUCAUUUAAUAAAGUUAAUUUCCUCUUAA